GCCUUGGACCGAGUGCUUAGCAUGAGACUAUGGGACUGCGCCAGGCUUGAGUGAGUUUGUGAGCCAUCAUCAUGAGGACGAUCGCGCUCUGGGGCACGUUGUUCUUCUUGAUAUCCGCUGCCCUGAUCCUGUGGACGACGUCGAAGGGAGCGCCGGAAUUUGCGCAGGACUAUCUCGAGGACGCCGCCGAGUACAUCGACAGCCACCGAGCGCACAAGGACCUGCAGCGUCCGACCACGACUCCGCCGCCGUCCCACCUGCAGCCCACGCAGGAUGGAUGGGUGUUUGACUACAAGAAACAUGGUCGCCACUACGGCUUGACCGAAGAGCAGUGCAAUUUUGCCUUUCCCGAUCUGUACAGAGAGAUUGACCGCGCGGUGGACCAUCGCAAGAAUGUGGCGGGCGAGAUUACUCAGGACGAGACCAAUGUGGAAUGGCGAGGAGAUGGCAUGGUGAAGGCGCAAAUCCACGACAACCAGCUCUACGUGAUCGACGCGCAUAAAGUGACAGACCACAAUCACAGACCGAGAGCAUUGGCGACACUCAAUGCGAUAUAUCGGGCAGUGAGCGCCUCUUCGACGAAACUGCCCGAUAUCGAAUUCUCCUUCAAUGUCCACGAUGCGGCACUCGUCGAUCAGGAUAAUGGCAACCAGACCACGUGGGCAUAUACGCGGUUAGCACACCAGGAGACGCUGUGGCUGAUGCCGGACUUUGGCGUCUGGGCGUGGCCAGACGUGGGCUUGCGAUCUUACCCGGAGCUUCAAAACUUGCUCGAACACACCGAAGAGCACUUCCAUGACAAGCUCUCCAAGCUCGUGUGGCGCGGUUCGCUGGAUGUCGGCUCAAAGGAAGUUCGACAAGGCUUAGUCGACCACUCCCAAGGUCACGACUGGGCAGAUGUGCAAGUGCUCCAUUGGGACAACAGGACCUCUAUCGAGGAACGCCUCCUGACGAUGCAAGACCACUGCUCGUACAAGUUUGUCGCGCAAACCGAAGGCAACACCUAUUCGGGCAGAUUGAAAUACCUGCUCAACUGCCACUCCAUUCUCCUCUCCCAUGAUCUUAAAUGGAUCGAGCUCUAUCAUCAUCUUCUCCAGGACUCGGGACCAGAGCAAAACUACGUUCGCACAAAACAUGACUUUAGCGAUCUCCCCAAGAGGAUGAAACGACUCUUGCACCCUUCGCACUCCGACAUGGACCCUCUGAUCAUUGCCGAUAACGCCAAACGAACUUUCCGCCACCGCUAUCUCACUCCCGCAGCCGAGACGUGUUAUUGGAGAGCUCUCAUCCGCGGCUGGGCGUCUGUGCAGGCUUUCACGCCGCAGUUCUGGAUCGAAGUGGAGCAAUUUGAUAAAGUUUCGCAAAAGAAUAAGACGAUCAAAAGGCCCAAGGGUACGCCGUUUGAAUCUUAUGCUAUUAUGGAGGAGGUCGAUUGGGUGAUUCCUGCUAUACCCAGGAAAAUGUGUAUUAAAGAAGAAGACGAGGAGAAGUGUCGUUGAGUGUUUUUGUACAUGUGUGUGUCUGUGUCUGUGCUGCAGCAAAUCCAUGUUUUUGUGAGCGUACAAGUUUUUGGUUGGGAAAAAACAUGAGAAGGGGGCCCUUUCUUUUUGCACACAUUCUUGAGGCCCCCAUGCAUUCAUUGCAUAGCCAGCGCGGUGUCAAUGGGAUGGGAAAAAUUUGAAGAUACCUGAUGGUUUGAAAGAAAGAUAGAUAGAUAGAUAAAAAUAGAGAGGGAGAGAGAGCAAACACUUCAGGUUGACCGA